AUGAGGGCUGUGGACGAGAACGCCGAGGGUGCACCCCUGGGGAACAGCGAGCAUUGGGAGCACUUUGAGGAGCUCUUUCCUAUGGCUCAGAUGGAGAUUCAGCUGCGUCUGUCACGCGAGCGCGAGGCAAAGGAAGCCGCCGAGAAGCUGCAAAUCCAGACCGCUGCCGAGGAUGCCAUGGCCAACCUCCUGGCCAGCAGCAUCGGGGCCAUGGCCCUGCAGAAAGCUGUCGCCGAGGACACGCUGGCAGCCGCUCGCGCAGAGACGGCUGCGCUCCAGGCCAGGCUGGAGGCGUCCGACGUGGCAGAGCUGGAGACCGCGCUGUCCAAGGCGGAGGCGGAGGUCCAGGAGGCGCAGCGUGGCUGGCAGACGGCCCGCAACGCCCUGGGACAGUCGGAGUACGUGCGCGCCCGGCUCACGGAGCGCCUGAAGCGGUGCAAGCAGACCAUCGUCACUCUGAACGACCGGCUCUUCGAGGGCGGGCGGGAGCGCAGGGCAGCCCGGCUGAGGGUCGACAUGGCCGAGGGGAAGCUGGAGGUGGCCCUCUCUGACGCCACACAUGCGCGCGACGUGGCUGCCUCCCACAGGGCCCAGCGCAGCCAGGCCCAGAUGGAGACGCGCUGGGCCCUGGAGGAGGCCGGCGAAGCGCGGCUGCAGGCGGAGGAGGCUCGUAAGGCGGCGGCCGCGGCGACUGCCGAUGCAGCCCAGGCCAGGGCGCAGGCUGCGCAGGCAGAGCGUGUGGCCAGCGAGGCCACUGCCAAGGCUGACGGCCUAGCAAAGGACCUGGACCGCACCGAGACGGAGGUGGCCGCGGCCAGGAGGGAGCUGGACCAUCGCAUCCAGUCCUCCUUCAGCAUCCCUGCCAAGAAGGCCAUCUCCCUUGCUGUGAAGGUGGGUGAGGCAUGGGAAAACCUUUCUGUGACCAAAACCGACUCUGGCGUGGACAUCACUGUGGAAAAGUCGGACAACACAUACAGGGUUUCCAUAGAGCUGACAGAUGCGUCCUUGCAUGAUGGACUUCUACACUGGGGCAUAAACGACUGGGACGUCCCUCCUGAAGCUGUGCAGCCACCUGGGACUCGAGAGGCAGGCGACCAGGCUGUGCAGACGCCCAUUUCUGGCAACAAGGUCACCCUGAGUUUCCCAGCGGACGGGUGCCCGAGCAAGGUAGUGUUUGUGUUGAAGAAGGGUGAGACCUGGACCAACAAUGGAGGUUCAGGAUACUCUGCAUUCCUCAAACCCCCUGGAGUGGACGAGCUGCACUCCAAGAUCAUGGCUGCAGAGGGGACGUAUGAGCACUGGUCACUCUUCAGUCGCUUCAACAUGGCUCUGUCCAUCCUGGAAGCUGCCGAUGCUGCAGGCGCAGAGGGGAUGGCGCUGGUGGCCACCUGGCUACGCCUCAGUACCAUGCGCCAGCUGGACUGGUAUCGCAAGGCCAACUACCAGGGCAAGGACAUUGCUCACGUGCAGAAGCAGCUGGCGCAGCGCAUGGCCGAGAAGGGCAUCGAGUGCCACUUCCUGGAGCAGUGGCAUCAGAAACUUCACCAGAACACCACGCCCGAGGACAUCCACAUCUGUGAGGCAUACAUUGCAUACCUGCACACCAACAGCAUGGAUGAUUUCUGGCGUGUGCUGUGGGACAACGGGCAGGUGUCACGCGAAGCGCUGAGCUCCAUGACGCAUCCCAUCACCGCCCAGCCGCUGCACCUCCCCCAGCUCAUCCCCUCCAUGAAGCACUACCUGUGGAUCCUCAAGACGACCCACUCUGGUGCUGACAUGGACGUCGCCUUGGAGAUGGCGCGCGGCCACUUGGACGGGGAGCUGGCCUGGAUCAUCGGCGACAUCCUGGCAAACAGGACGGCUUGGUGGGUGCCGGGCAAGAUCGUCCAGGCCCGGCACAGGCUGAAGCAGUACUGGCAGAGGGAGGGAGCUUCGCGGGACGUACUCCUGCUGGACAUCGCGCUGGACAGCUACUUCAGACUGUGUGUGGAACGCACAGACCUCGGCUCCCUCAGCGGCGACGACCUUAUCUCCCUGGUGAUCCUGGUCCUGGACAACGCCAGCGUGGCGGCAGAGAGCUCCGACCUGGAGGCCGCUCUUUCCUUAUGGCGGCGGGUCGCCGAGCAGGAGCGCUGGAGUGGCGAUUGGGCGCGCCUGGCCAUGGCCGCGUCAGACUUCUCCGCCCUGUGCCUGCAGGAGUACAUGGACCGCAUCGCAGGGCUGGUCCAGCCCUUUGCCAACGAUUUCAAGGCCGCCUGCAAUAUUGAACCCAAGUACAUCCUCAACUUUGGCGAGGAGGUGGUCAGGGGCCAGCCGGUAUUCAUGCUGAGCGUCCUGCUGCGGGCCCUGGGCCCCAAGCUCCGUGGAGCCGCCUCACUCGGGCCCUGGCAGGUGGUCAGUGCCGCAGGCGCGGAUGGGGAGGUGCUACUCCUGCCCAACCUGGACGGGGUGCAGGGCCAGACCAUGCCUGGCGCUACCAUCAUCCUCACCGAGCGGCUCACCGGCAACGAGGACAUCCCGGAGGGGGUCACUGCGGUGCUGACAAGCAGUGCGACAGACGUGCUGAGUCACAUUGCCAUCCGUGCUCGGGCCCAGAAAGUGCUCUUGGCCACGUGCUUUGACCACGGGCAUUUUGAGGGGCUGAAGGAGCUGGCUGGCUCCCAUGCGGCCGCAGUGGUGACCCCUGUGGGAGACGUAAGCCUGGCUGCCAUCGACAGGACCUCCGUGGGGCCGGAGGCUGUACCUGGGAGCGCUUCAAAGGCGCCCAAGAUUUCCCUGGCCAAGCCCGCGAUGCGCAAGCGGGGAUCCUCAUGGGUGCUGCAGGAGCCGGAGUUCAAGGCCUCCGUGGUGGGAGGGAAGAGCCUGAACCUUGCAGCGCUGCGACAGAAACUGGAUUCCCUGCAAGAUGUUUCUUUGCCGGCAUCCCUGGCGCUCCCCUUUGGCACGUUCGAGGCCGUGCUGGCUUCUCCUGAGAACGCUGCCGUGGCUAAGACCGUCAGCCUGGCCGUCAAGGAGCUGGCUGACACGGCGCCUGGAAGUGGAGUACCCAAGGCCCUUGCAUGCCUGCGAGAGCUCAUACCCUCAGCCCUGGCUGCCCCAGCCGGGUUCAAGGAUGAGCUGGCGCAGAAACUCGUGGCUGAGGGCUUGGUGGCAGAGGAUGCAUUCACUGAGCAGCUGUGGUCGCGUGCCUGGCAAGCCAUCUGUACGGUCUGGGCAAGCAAGUGGACGGACCGCGCCUGGCUCAGCCGCCGCGCGCAGGCCAUUCCCGACGCCGACCUCUCCAUGGCGGUCCUGCUGCAGCCCAUCGUACCCGCCGACUACGCCUUCGUCCUGCACAGCGCCGAUCCGCUGACUGGGCAGCGCGGCUCCGUCCACGGCGAGGUGGUGCUGGGCAUGGGCGAGGCGCUGGACGCAGCGCUGCUGGCGCUGCCCAGCAAGCGGCUGGGCCUGUACCCCGACCCCAGCCAGGCGCUGCUCAUCGCCCGCUCCGAUUCCAAUGGGGAGGACCUGGAGGCCUACGCCGGCGCAGGACUGUACGAGUCGGUGCCGCUGGCCCCGCUCCUGCCCCGCACCCUGGACUAUGCCGCGGAGCCGCUGGUGUGGGAUGCCGCCUUCCGCGCCGACCUCCUGCACCGCCUGACCAGCCUGGCGGCGGGGGUGGAGGCCGCCUUUGGUGGGGUGCCCCAAGACAUCGAGGGCGUGCUCAGCGGCGACAGGCUCUACGUCGUGCAGGCCCGGCCGCAGGUGGUGCAGAACUGA